AUGACGACAUCGUACAAAAGUAAAGCUCCAACCGAAAGCACGGAAAACUUAAUCGUUCGUAAGCAGUCUCCAGCUUCUUCUCCCGCGAAUCCUGAUGCCACCCAAACCUGCGUCGUCUACGAACAAGUAGGCAACAUCUUCAGCGUCAAACAACUCACCGCCCUCGAGCGAGCUCGUAAGCCCACCUCCACACCCCCAUCUCCCAAAUCUGCUCAUCUUUAUCACUAG